GAUGCCAUGUGCCUGUGGUAUCGCUGAUUUUUUUUCCUCUAAACUUUAUUUAAUAAAGUUAUCAAUACACAAAACAAACAUCGACAAAUUUCCUACUAUAGUUGGUCAACAAAGCUUACUAAAAAGCCAUUACAUAAAACGCAUUGUCGAGACAGUAACAAACUUGUCUUUCCCAUGGUAUCGCUGAUUCAGCUGUAAGUUUACAGUGAGGCAUUUCAGUGCCGUCUUUCACCGGGAUCGUUCCCAUUAACAGCCCGAGUUACGUAGCCUAUCACUAUUAGUGUCAUGGUUCGCGUGUAAACGCCAGAAAACUAAGAAGGUUCUAGAACCGCGACCGAACGGAGACCUUUGGCGCAAGUUGGGUAACUGGCGGGGUUAUGGCUGCUUUCGGUUGUUAAAAAACACCUAAUCUCAGGAAGCCACUGCAAAAGAAGGAACCAGUCUAGUUUACACUGGAAACGAGAUGCUUCGCAGGAGUUUCUCCUGUCCUUUGGGCGCAAACUGGCAUCGACCACGGGAGUCGCCCGCGCGGGCCAUGCACGACCUCGGACAGAACGCGUGGCACGCGAAGCUGCCGGAGCGAGGCCAGCAACAGUGCGUGUGGGAACGGCGCGAGCGUGGCAGUGGGUGGGAGGAGCUUGUGGAAGGGGACCCUCUGCUGAAGUUUCACGGGAAACAUGAAAACAGCUUUGAGCAUGAAGAGGGUAAAGUAUCAGACAGUCAGCAGGACUACACCAGAGAGGAGGAGUACAUCUUAAACUUCCCUGAUUUUAUGGCGCAGGGGAACAAUAUUAUUACCGACCUUAUGAUCUCCAAAAAUCGCCUGAAGAAGAUGAACGAGGACUUGCAGAAGUCCUUGGACAUAGCUGAGGAUUUCAACACCUGUCUGCGCUCAGAAAACAUGGAGCUGAAAAACCAAGUUCGAAGUAUGAAGCAGUCCAUGCAGGAGGCAGAACAGCUCACAGAUGAGCUGGAGGUUAUGCGGAGCUGCUUGGAAGAACGAGCAGCUGUCAUCACCAAGCUUGAAGCCUAUGUAAAAUUGUUGGAAAAAGAAACCAAAGCACUGAGGGAACAACAUGAAUUGUUUUCUAGUGAGAUUUGCAGUAUUUUGCCAGAGCGAGAGAUGGACAAGAAGAAGAUAUUUGGACUCAUUAGUCACCUACACAGUUUACAGCAACAAAUGGAUGAAACCACACUGGCUCUUGAACAGAAAGAUGAACUCAUUCAGAAGAAAGAUGUUCUAAUUGAACACCUAGAGAGCUCCCUAGCUGAACACUCCUCAAUCACGAAGGAUCUGAAAGAGAAGAUUAAGGAUCUUGAGUAUCAACUGACAGAGGCUCAAAUCCACUCAAGCGGCGGAGGUUUCCAGUUCUUUGAUGGAACCUUCUCUCCGCCAGUUACAUGUUGUGUAUCCCUAGCCGAAGAACUGCAGCUGUGGCCUCCCCUCAGGGAUCAUCAGGGGGAUAUUUUUACUAAGGAAUGCACAGAAGACACUGAGAAGAUGCUGAGAGCACACAUUCUUCCCAGUUCUCCAACAGGAAGGCUGAUUAGCUGGCAGGUGUGGUGCUGUGAGAGAAUGAAGACUGUGGUUUGGGCUACAGGUGUGAUCUGCUUGUGUUUCCUGGUGCUCCUCACACUGCUGUGGACCUUGAUUCCCAUUCCCUGUAGCACUAAAGGCCUGACCUGCGCUGAUGUCGUCUACUGUUUGGUUCAGUCAUACCGCUCUGUGUACCACUUUGGUCUCAAGCCUUUUUAAAGCAGCCUCUGUGCAGUUCUU